AUGGCCUACUUCGAUGAGAAAGCGAAGGAAGAUCCAGAUUUCUUCUACCGGAUAAGAUUGGACCAUGAGGACCGUGUCAGGAACAUGUAUUGGGUGGAUGGUGCUGCAAGAAGAGCCUACAAACAUUUCCGAGAUUGCAUUUCAUUCGACGCGACAUAUCUCACUAAUAUGUACAAGAUGCCAUGCGCUCCAUUCAUAGGAAUAAAUAACCACAAUCAGUCGUUGCAGUUCGGAUGCAGGCUCGUUCGGAACGAAGAUACGGAUGGGUACGUUUGGCUGUUCAAGACCUUCUUGGAGUGCAUGGGUGGACUUGCUCUGAUGAACAUAAUAACAUACCAGGAUUUUAGCAUGCGUGCAGGCAUAGAGGAGGUCUUUCCGUUGGCAGUGCACAUGCACUGCAGGUGGCACAUUAUAAAGAAGGCUGAGGAGACACUAGGACCGUUCUUUGCUGACCGUCCAGACCUGCACAAGGCAUUCGAGCUGUGCGUGGACCACAGCUUGACGGUGGAGGAGUUUGAAAGGAGCUGGAUGGCUAUGAUUGAAAGAUAUCAAGUCCAAGUCCACGAGACGCUUGCUAUCUUGUGGGAGAAGCGAAUGUACUGGGUGCCGGCCUACUUCAUGCAGUGCUUCUUCCCGUUUCUGCAGACUACACAGCGCAGUGAGGGGUUCAAUGCUGUUUUGAAGCGGUACGUGAGCCCUGGCAACUCAUUACUACAGUUUGCCAAGCAGUACACCGCUUUGCAACAAAAAAUACUGGGAUCCGAGCUACAGCAAGAAGCAAACACCGCGCUCAAGCAGCCAAAAUUGCUAACGUAUUUACCAAUGGAGAGGCAGAUGAGCAAGAUAUACACCAACACGAUUUUAACAAGUACCAGAUUCCAGGAAGAAAUAAAGCGUGCCAGCAUGUACACGGCUUUCCAGGUGAACGAACAUACGUUCAAGGUGUGUUCUAUCAUGGGCAUGUCGGAUUCAGAACCUGAAGACCCAGACAAGGGAAGGAACUACUUUGUGAAGGCAUCGAUAAGCGAAGGCGAAUACUACUGCCAAUGCUGCAAAUUCGAACGGGACGGGAUUGUGUGCUGUCACAUUCUAAAAGUAAUGGACUUGAAUGCGGUGACACGAAUGCCCCACCAUUUCAUAAGGCGGCGAUGGACUUGGGACGCUGACGACGCAUUGGCGCCGCAAACAUCAAACGUAGUUUUGGCCGUGCAUGACGAGAGACCAGAGUCAACCAUGGAAGCCGUGAGGCACGUUGUGUUGACAAAGAACUAUGCUGAACUAAUUGAUGAAGCGUGCAAGAGUGAUGAGACAGCAAAGGUCGCAGAAAAACACAGGAAGGCCCUCAAAAGAGAGCUUGAUGAGAUCAAGAAGAGGAAAGCUGAGGAAGAGCCUUACACAGGUUCCCCCGCACAUCAAGUGUGCCUUCGUCCACAGGGCCAUCAUCUGAAAACUCGGAGGUAG